AUGAUGGACGAUAGGUAUGGCCGGCCAGGUAUGGCUGACCGGAGACACGAGUUUGUGGAUCUGGGAAAAGAGGAACGGAGAAUAUGGCCGACGAGGAAGGGCGAGGAAGAAUCGCUAAGGAUUGAGGCGAGGACGUCGGCAUAUAUUACGGAUCCUUUCGGCCGUCCGACGAUUGAUUUCGAUCACGGUAAGGAGCCGCAAGGAUCUAUUGAUUCCAUGGUGUGGAUAUCGAACCUUCCAAACGACGUCAGGGAACGAGACAUUGCCUCUCUCAUCGGAGAAGUUGCUGAAAUCCAGGUGCAUUUGCAGCUGAAACAUUCUCCACGAGUGUUUCCUCCAGCUGAAUCAUUCCGCAGGAACGCAGGGAGCGCGAUGGACGCGGGUCGCAGGAGCAGCUUCGGGGAAGAUUCUGAUUUGGGGGGGCUGCAGCAGUUGCGGCACGACAUGGGGCUGCAGCGGCGGGAGCUGUCGACUGGCGGAACGCUGCUUGCCGUCCGCGGAGCGGUGGACGAUGAGGCGGGCGGAGGUGGCGGAACGGGGGGAAGUGGCGGAAUUGGUGGGAGCGGCGGAAUGGGGGGGAGCGGCGGAAUGAUUGGCGUUGGCGGUGUGAGUGGUAGCGGAGGUGUGAGUGGUGCUGGGGGAAUGAACAGAGGGGGGGUUGACGGCUACGGCGGACGGGGAAGCAGCGAUCUCGAUCGGAUGGCAUCUCCGCCGUUGAAUGCCGUCGUGUCACCACCGGCGGGCGGAGGAAGCGGAGCAGGGGGGGCGCGCGGAAGCGGAUCAGGAAGAGCUAGGCGAUUGGGCUCUCCCGACCGUUACUCAUCACGGGAAGAUGCGCGGGAUGGGGGGAGAGAUCCGGGGAGAGACGGCGGAAGGGAUGCGGGGAGAGAUCCGGGGCGAGACGGCGGAAGGGAUGCGGGGAGAGAAGCGGGGAGGGAUGGGGGGAGAGAUACGGGGAGGGAUGGGGGAAGGGACUUGUAUGGCAGAGGAUCGCCGCGUGGAGGGCCGAUUGGGGGAAUGCGGGAGAUGGAGCAGCGGCGGGGAGAGAUGGAGCAGCGGCGGGGGGAAAUGGAGGGAUUCGCGGAGCAGCAGCGGAUGGAGGAGCUGGUCGCCGCGGGCAUGGGACUCGCGGGGCUUCCGCCAGGGGCGCACGUAGCGGCCGCGCAUUUCGGCGCGCGCAUGGCAAUGGGCGGAGGGUUCAUGGGUCCGCGCGGGAACCCGAACGUGCAGCCGCGCGAGGGAGAUUGGAUCUGCGUCGAACCCAUGUGCGGCAAUCUCAACUUCGCCCGCCGAGUCCGCUGCCACCAGUGCGGCAUGCCUCGCCGCGAGCAGCCGCCCAUCGUCCCCAUGCCCUUCGCGCCCGACCUCCCCAUCCACCGCAUUGGACCGCCCACAAUCCCUCUCCACCCCUUGGGACCCAUGAGAGGCGCUGGCGACGGGCCAGGGUUUGGCAUUCUGGACGGGCAUGGGUUCCCGGGGGGGCAUUCGGGGAGAGGAGGCGGUAGGGAUGGGGGUUUCCUGCCUGGCGGUGGUGGUGGUGGUGGCGGUGGUGGCGGUGGUGGCGGUAGGGAGUAUGAUAGGAGUGGCAGCGGCAGGGAGUAUGGUGGGGAGAGCGGCAGGGGGAGUGGCCGUCGGGGGGAGUACGAUGAACGGCCGAGAUCUGGCGAUGGUGGGAUGUUGGAGGGGAGGGGCGGCGGAGGGGGGUACGAUGGGGGCAGGAGAGGGGGGAAUGCGCGGGAGGAGUAUUUGGGACCUGAGGGGGGGUAUGGGAUGGAGAUUCCUGGGAGGGGGAGGGAGUGGAUGGGUGGAAGGGAGAGAAUGAUGGGACGAGGGGCAGCGUGGGAUGCUAUGGGUGGUGGUAUGGGGCACGGGGGGCAUGCGGGGCAUGGGGGGCAUGGAGGGCGUGGGGGGCAUGGCAUGAUGCUGGGGCUGAGAGGGAGGGAUGAUGUGAGGGCGGGUGGCAGGGACUGGGACCUAGAGAAGGAUCGUGCACUGGAGAGGGCGCGAGAGAGGGAGAUCAUGAAGGAGAGAGAGAGGCGGAAGGGGAGGGAGCGGGGGAGGGAGAAGCUGGGGGAGCGGGACAGGGGGCAGGAGGGGAGGGAGGGGAGGGAGCGGCGUGACAGAGGGUCUGAGGAUGAGCGGGAGAGGGAUCGGGAGCAGGAUCGUGACAGGGACAGGGAGAGGGAGAGAGGGAAAGGUGGAGAGGCUAUGGGAGGGGGUCGAGAGGGCAAUGGUAGGGCGGAUGGUGGUGGGGAGAGGAGGGAGGAAGGGGCAAGGCGGAUGCAGUCUCCUGAGCGUCGUGCGGUGAAAGGGGAUGGAGGGAAGGAGAGGGAGAGGAGCCGCUCCCCUCGUGCUCGGCGAUAA